AUGGGACUCCAGCUAGUCUCUCUGGUUUUCGCUCUCUGCCUCGUCGGUAUCCACGGCGCCACGGUGUACUACCUCACUCCUGGCCUUGGCAGUAUCAACGGUGAAACUCGUAUAACUCUUCAUGGCACUGGUUUUGCCAAGGAUCAUUUCGAAGAAGGAAAGGGAGCUGAGGUAACGUUGGUGUCAGAUAUGUCAUCCAUUUCAUGCCGGAUUCACAAAGAUGGCUGCACCGAAACGAUGAUCAUGUGCUACACACCCAAAUUCCCCGCCGCUGAUGUAGAAUACACGGUCAAGGUCAAAGUUGACGGUGUCGAGGUCCCCGAUGAUAACCUCUGCCCAUCCAAUUCAAAGUUAUGCGUUUUCACACCCAAAGCAGGUGUAACCCCCACCAUCACCUCCGUAAGCCCUCGCUCUGGGCCACCGGGCACGGUGGUGACAAUGUGCGGAAGGAUCAUCACUAAUCGUACCCAGAGUAACGAAGAAGCGAGUACCAAUGGAGUCACGGAGAGAAUCACUAGGGUCUACUUCGGAGGGCAGAAGUGUCAGCUUAGAGUUGGUGAUACAGAUGAAUUAUAUGGUAUUUCCUUGAAUGGUGAUGGGACCAGCAGGUACGGCUGCAUGACUUGUAAGCUUCAAGGAACUUUUAUAGGAAACAUCAAUGGAAGUUUUCUCAUUGAGGGACCAUACGGACGAUCACUGGCGGACUUGAGUAUCCUUCACGUCUCCGCCCAAAACAAGAUCGCCAUGUUCCAAACAUACGCCGAAGUGGACAGCGUUAGCCCCGCAGUCGGAAGCACAGAAGGUGGGACCCUUCUGACUAUAACUGGGCAGAACUUUGAUGAAACCACGGCCCCAGCUACGGUGACCGUCGGCGGAGAAGACUGCAAGAUCGAGUCGCUCUCUGAUACCGAAAUAACAUGUGUGACUCCGAGCCAGCAAGCUAUCAAGUCAUUCUAUCCUGGUAACCGAGGUGUGAAGUCGGAGUUUUGGAAUGAUACUUCAGUUUCGUACGCUGACAUCGACACCAUCGCCAAUCUAUCAUCCUCAGACCCGAACUAUGGCUCCUUCGUCAUGGAUCAAGCAGAAUACGUCGACAACGGCAAUAACUACGUGACGAGGUGGUCAGGCUUCUUCAUGGCGCCUUCAACAGGGCAGUAUUCGUUGAUGGUGAAAGGAGACGAUUCUAUCAAGUUGUACGUCAGUGGCACCGAAACUCCUGAAGAUAAGGAGCUGGUUUCCUAUGCAGAGACACAUACGCAGUCAUUCGACAACCCUACCCAAGUCCUAAAAGUUUUGAAUCUAACUGCCGGAAAAGCCUAUUACUUUGAAGCGUAUCACAGACAAGGAUACGGCAGUGGAAGUUUCUACUUGGGCGCGAAGAUCUACCACAGUACAUUUAACAACAAACAAACUGGGGACGCGGUUAAUGAGAUGCAAGAGGUCAAAGUUCAAUCCACCAUUGUUAAUGAAGUUCAAAAUAUCACCCUCAUCAACUGGGCGACCAGAUCUGUGGUGGAUGAGGUUCAGACUCUUUCUAUUGGGGGAACCAGCGGAGGAUUCCAGCUGAGAGUCGAUGGCAUUUCAACAGGUGUUCUAACCUUUCCCGCAUCAGCUACGCUAGUCGAAAGUGCGCUGAACAGCCUCCCUACAAUCAGCCCGAGAGAGGUGACAGUCUCGGAGUCAACUACGGGAAACUCGGUGGCAUUCACCGUGACAUUCGUCUCGGGAGGUGACAGAAGACCGAUAGAAGUGGCUGUGGCUAACGGAGACCUGACAGGCUCAGUAACAGAAAAUACUCAAGGAGUCGCCUCCAUGGAGACCUUCCAGCUCGAAAUCGAUGGUGUUCCGUCAGUGCCCAUCGCACGAGAUGCUGAUGCUGCAACGAUCGAAGCAGCCAUCUACAGCAUUUUCAGUGUAAAGUGUCCCACUGGUUUGACCACUCCGAGCGACUUUAGCGUCAAUGUGGACUACGAGGCGGACGAUGUGGUCGCACCUUCGGGAACCGUGGACAGCGCCUCCGCCUUCUGCGGCAGGAGAAGUCUCAAGAACCCCACUACCAUCUUCACGGCAGAGGAGGGAAAGGAAGUCAAGGCUUCACGUCAUAAAUACAUAUUUUCAUAUUCUUGUCGAAGAGUGGCGUUGUUAGAAAUCAGUAGAGCACGAGGCUGGUCAUGCGCUGUAGUAACAACGGUGAACUGGCGACGAUUGCUAUACAAUAAUGGGUUCAUCUUACCUCCAUUUUCGCGCACUUUCCAGCUUUGCCUAGCCUACAAAGGGGCGUUAUCGGACUCCGUGAGUGUGUCUUACCAGUUCAUCAAUGAUAACCUCGAGAUUGAAGAGGAGAGUCAGAAUGUGGCCAUCACCUUUGAAUCAGAUGAAACCACAUGGAAAUACAAAUGCACUGAUCUAAGUAAUGAACUUCCAGUUGGUACACUUGCGCAGCUUUCGAUCAAGCAACUGUCCAUCUCUAGCACUGAUCCCAAUGUCGACCUGUACGUGGAUAACGUCCUGCUGGCGGCGGCGGCACCCAUAUCGGUCCUAGAUAUACCAGCCUUGGACACGAUGCGCCUGGCCCUCUCCGAGAGCCUCAGCGUCUCCAACGUCAUCGUCACGAGACCCGACCCCUCUGUGGAUAGCUUCACUGUUGAGUUGGUAGCUGCCGAGUGCAGCCAUAACUACCCGCUCCUUCAGCCGUACUACUCACAGGAAUCGGGAGGUGUCUACCGUCAGUCAUCCUGGGCAAGUGGUAUUGGGAUUAACACUGUCCGAACCAGCACCGCCUCUCCGCCUGUGACUGGCUCCAUCGCCAUAGCCUACAAGGGCCAUUCGAUCAAAGGCAUCUCGGCCCAGUCCACGGCUUCUGAAUUCAAGGACAUCUUAGAGGCGUCUGGGCUUGUUGGAGCUGUUGACGUGACUCGAGGUGGGACAUGCGCUGGGCAUGAAUGGUUAGUCAACUUCGUCACCUCUACGGGAGAUCAGCCACAGAUGGAGAUUGACGAAUCCUCUACCUCGCUCUCUGGCAUAAACCCCUCAGCCAACGUGACGACUCUGAGCGAUGGCUGUUUACUCCUGGACCCCAUCCCCGGAGACAUGCUACGGACACCGCACACCACACCUCAAGUCUCCGUGGUCAUCAAUAACAUCCCGACAUCAUGUGGUGAAGACGCCUGUGAUUUUGAAUGGUCUGCGAGUGCUGCUGCAACCGUCACGUCCGUCUCCCCGUCGUCAGGCACUGAGAACGAAGUGCUGACCAUUCAAGGGACCGGCUUUGAUAGCACGACCUCCAACAACGAAAUCCGAGUAGGCGAUAGCUCGUGUGUGACUCAGUCUGCUACUUCCAAACACCUGACAUGCCUCCUGGGCUCUGGGGCUUCGGGGACACACUCCGUACUCGUCAGCGUGUCCGGUAAAGGCAAGGCGACUGGCUCGCACUCGUUCAGCUAUACCGCCAGUGUGACCAGUGUGACCCCAACCUCAGCUACCAAGGGCGGUGGAGCGAUCUUAACAAUCGUAGGAACUGGUCUGACUAUUGAUGAGACUGUUCUAAUUGACGGUAACGAAUGUACCAAACUCUCUUUCAACUUCACUCAGAUGCAGUGCGAGGUCCCUCAAGGGGCAUCUGCUAGCUCCGUUUCUUUCGUUGUUGAUAACAACGGAGUUGCUACAUACACGAGUACGUUUACAUACAACAGUCCAUCUGGCACAGUGACCUCUGUCAAUGCCACCUCGGCAAGUGUCGAUGGGUCAACGGUCAUCGAAAUCCAAGGCACCGGUUUCGGCAGCUAUGAUUCAUCCGUGAGUCUCCUGACUGUAGGUGGUGCACAGGCGGGGACUGAGUCAUGGACAAGCACAUCCAUUGUGGCCAUCCUUCCCUCUUUGGCCUCGGGCUCCUACCCAAUCCGACUCCGAGUUGCAACCAACGACUACGCAGACACAACCACCAACAACAUCCCUGACAUCACCUACGACUUCGAGCUACAUCAGCUCUCGCCGAAAGAAGGUUCCCUCUUCGGAGGUACCGUCUUGACCUUCACGGGUACCGGCUUCCCCGAGGACAUCACCCUCUACGAUAUCGCAGUAGGUGAUGUCAGCUGCACCGUGCUAAAUGCCACGUCAACCUCUGUCGUAGGACAGCUGGAGGAGUACCAUCCAACACACAAUGUUGACAACUCUGGAACGCAUGCAACCUACGGUAGCGGUUACAGCUGGAACCCUGUCUCUAUUGACAUCAACGAAGGCGACAAGAUCCAAUGGAACUGGAGUCCACCACAAUACGUCUCGGGGAUGAACUAUAGGGUCUGCCAGACAGCCAAUGCUUCGUCUCUGGCCUGCGAUCCAAAUGGGUUCAGUAGCGGGGCGAAAACCUCAACUGGUGCCUCUGUGCAUCAGUUCCUGACGGCUGGCGAGUACUUCUACUGGAGCGACUACGUCGAUGAAGGCACUACCAUAUCCUUCCGCGGUACAGUGAGAGUAGCAAAGAGAAAUUCGCAGACCUCAAGUGUGUCAAUGCAAGUCAAGGGUGUGGCAGCGAAAAUAGCGCCUGUUUCAAAAAGGCAUACUCGUGCCGUUAUAGAUGGAUGCAGCCCAGUGACCCUGCCCGCAGGCUGUGAGAACAAUGGAGGAAGUGUAACCUUCUUCUUCACCAGUUGCGCCACUCCCAACAUUACCGCCUUCACAGUGACCCAGAACAGCAAUGACUACACCAUUGAGAUGACUGGUGAAGGAUUCGGAACGGACCUCUGCCAGCACACUGCCUAUUUCAUGGAUGAACCCCUGACCAUUACGAGUGCAAGUGCAAACCGUGUGGUCGCUACCUUCACCCCACAUGCUGCUCUUGCAAUCGGAGUCGCCUACGACUUGAACUCCGUCAUCAGUCUCUUUGUUUCUGGUGCCGGCUCUGCCGCAGUCCAGAUCAGUAAUAGUACGAGCUACAUCUUUAAACCUGUCGUGUCUGCGGCCACCCCGAAUGUCGGAUCAUGUGCUGGUGGUGCUAGGUUAGCAUUGACUGGUAUGCACUUCUCUGAUGGAGGCUCGUCUGUCAGCAUCAACUUUCCUGGAGUUGGCGUCUGUGAAAUAACCGAGGAGACACACAACACGUUGACGUGCUUUACUCCUUCUCUCACGGAUGGGGUCGAAUACUUGGUGUCCAUCUUGGUGACAACUCCCUACGAGACAAUUGAAGCUACUGGUGUAAAUGUGACCUUCACUUGUGGCUCAGCGGCUACUCCAGAGGUCACCGCCGUAAGUCCCACAUCUACUGACGGCACAGACACACUCGCCAUCACCGGUUCGGGCUUCGGCGUCACAAAAGCCAAUGUAGCUGUUUACGUUGGAACAGUCCCUUGCACUGUGGCAACUUGUUCAAGCAGUAGCAUUACUUGUAAUCUCCCAUACACAAUCCCAGGGACCCAAGACGUCGUAGUGGUUAGAAACCCAGAAGGCAACUCAACUGGCUCAGUGUCGAUCACGGUGAUCCCACUUCUCACUGGACUCUCCUACUCCUCUGGCAGCACCAAUGGUGGUUUACUUCUUCGAGCAGAUGGCGCUGGGUUUGUUGAUGGCUCCACCACCAUAACAGUCGACGGUGCCUCUGUAACUCCAACCAAUGUCUCGUCUACCUUCAUCGAGUUUGUGACCCCAGCCCAUGCUGCUGGCAGCGUGGACGUUAUCAUCACUUCGAAUGGAGAAAUAUAUCCUGCACAGAGCUUCAGCUUUUCCAGUGGGUCGACACCAGUCGUGAACAGCUUAUCCCCAAGCUCAGGUAGUGGAGGAAGCUCUUUGACUAUCUCUGGGUCGAACAUCGACGCCGCUUGCAACAUGAAUUCUGUGACCAUCUGCGGACAGGGGAGUGAAGUCACUGCAUGCUCAUCAACCUCGCUAACCGUUACUCUCCCAUCCUGCCCAGCAGGAGACUACACUGUCCGCGCCUUUGUCGAGGGGAAAGGAAUUGCCACGUCCUCUGCCCAGUUUACCUUCCCUUUGACGGUUAGCUCAAUGUCACCAGUCGCAGGUAGUUUCGGUGGUGGCCAGAUCCUCUCAAUUGCUGGUGAAGGCUUCAACGACAAUGACACCACCAUUACACUCUGCGGGGAGCCAUGUCCAACCGUGCUUACUGCACCAAACUCACCAACGGCGGUUCAAUGCACUGUACCCGCUGCAUUAGAUACCGGCUCUGGGACCAAGCUGUGUGACCUGAUCGUCUCCUCUGGAGAAUCCACGCUAACUCACGGCACACAGUAUACCUACCAGGCCGCCCUGACACCUUCCAUCUCAUCUGUCUCGCCAGCAAGGGGCGGCACUGGCGGAGGAACCACUCUCACCAUUACUGGAUCUGGUUUUGGUACAUCGAGUGCGGACGUGACUGUCGACAUAGCUGGUUCCGACUGCGCCGUGCAGACCGUCAGCGACACCGCCAUCACAUGCAUUACAUCGGCCCGGAGUCCCUCAAUCAGGGCCAAGGUGGCCGUUAGUGUAGGAGCCAAUGGUCAGACGACCGAGGAAAAUGCUGAUUUCCAUUACAUUGAUGUGUGGUCAUCUCCUUAUACCUGGGGCGCUAACCUGAGCCUGCCUGUCGAUGGAGACAUGAUUGUGGUGGGUCCUGGUCAGACACUCAUGGUGGACACUGACACCGCCAUCGUAAAGAUGCUUCUCAUCCAAGGCGGAACUGUCAUCUUCGACGAAAAGGACGCUGAGCUGAACUGCGAGAACAUCCUCAUCACGGAUGGAGGUACCUUCCAGAUCGGUACAGAGGCCGUGCCCCACCUGCACAAGGCGACCAUCACUAUGCACGGUAACCUAAGGGCCAUCGAGCUACCAAUCUAUGGAGCCAAAGCCCUGGCCGUCAGGAAUGGCACCCUUGAUCUACAUGGCAAGCCAAUUGCCAACACAUGGACCAAGCUCACAACCACAGCAGCGGCAGGCACGAACACCCUAACUGUUGAUCACGAUAUCACGGACUGGGAGGUCGGCUCAAAGCUAAUCCUAGCAUCCACAGGCCACAGACACAGCCAGAGGGAGAAUGAGGAGUUAACCAUAGCGGCCAUCUCAGGAGACGGAAAGACCAUCACUUUGGUGGAGAAUCUUCAGUAUGAGCAUUUAGGUGUUACGGUCACAGUCGGCGGGAAGCCCUUGGAGAUGCGUGCAGAAGUCGGCUUGCUCACUCACAACAUUUUGUUCCAGGGUUCAAAUGAUCCUCAGUAUAAUGUUGUUAUUGAACCAUGCCCUGAUGGAUUUGAUACAGGUGAAUUCGCUACGCAGACUUGCUUCCAAGGGCGACAUGGAGAGGAGAUGGGCAGUGACCAGUUUGGCGGACACAUCAUGAUGCAUGCACCAGAACCAAACAAAGAUUUGGUCGUCGGUCGUAUAGAGCAUGUUGAGCUGAACUACGUGGGCCAGGCAUUCAGACUCGGGAGGUACCCCAUUCAUUUCCAUCUCAACGGCGACAUGACCGGCUCCUACGUUAAGGGGUGUGCUAUCCACGAGACCUUCAACCGUGCAGUCAACAUCCACGGGACACACAACGUCCUCAUCGAACGCACUGUCGGCUAUAAUAUCAUGGGUGGCGCCUUCUUCUUGGAAGAUGGUAUAGAGACUGGGAAUAUCAUCCAAUACAAUCUGGCAGUGUUUGUAAAAUCGAGUACAAGUCUUCUUAACGAUGACAUCACACCUGCUGCGUUCUGGGUGACCAACCCUAACAAUACAAUCAGACACAACGCCGCGGCCGGAGGCACUCACUUUGGGUUCUGGUACAGGAUGCAUGAACACCCCGGCGGGCCUUCUUAUGAUGUUAACAUCUGCCCCCAGAAGGUUCCGCUAUUGGAGUUUAAGAACAACACUUGUCAUUCACAAGGCUGGUUCGGAUUGUGGAUCUUCCAAGAGUAUUUUCCGACUGAAACUGGUGCUUGCGAUGACCCAGUGGCAAAGGCUGCAGUCUUCGACGGUCUAUAUGCUUGGAACAAUGAGAAAGGGGCCGAAUGGGUCAAUUGUGGUGCCAUGCAAUUCAAAAAUUUCGUCAUGUUCAACAACGAAAAGGCUGGCAUCGAAAUGAAAAUGAUACGUGGCUCUAAUGUUCCCAGAUUUGACGAAGGUGGUGCUAUCAUUGAAAACUCCCAUAUCAAUGGAUACCUAACCGAAACCACGGACUGCACAGUAGCCGGCAUCAUUUUGCCCUUUGAUGAAGGUCUCAUUUUAAGGGGUAAUACUUUUUCGAACUUUGAUCAAAGCAGAUGUCACGCCUUGUCUGUUACUAGAAUCGAUGGAACAUGUAUCGAAUUCUGCGGUGGUUGGAAAUACGACUUCUAUGACACCACGUGGGUGAACUCCCCGAAUAAGUGCUCAUACGAUUGGGAACACGAGGGCAUUUUGAAAGACAUGGAUGGAACUCUCACCGGUGUUGCUGGGCAGAGUAUCCUUCCCACCAGUGGACUCCUUCCUCCCAGCUGUACACAUGCAGCGGACUAUAGUAAAGGCAUCGCUGCCAGCUUAUGUGAUGCAAGCGUCAAGCUCCAUAGGUUCGCCUUCAACAAUCCUUCGCCGCAGUCAUUGGAAGCAAAGAACGCAAUUUUUGAGAACCAAUACGGGUCCAGCAGCGUCCCAUUCGCGAAGAAACGUCUGACCCAUAAACUCGGCUGGAUGGUGGUCUUAGUCAGUGGCACCAACAACACAAUGCACUUUGAAAACGUGGACCAUGUCACCAAUAUCUCUUACACGGGAACAUUUUACACUUUAGAGGAAAAUGAUUGCCUCAUCAUAAACCACAAUUUCACCCAGAAACCUGAUCGGUUUGGGAUUGUCCCCACUCAAAAUGCCAAUAGCACUGCAACCAUGGUCACUUGUGCCAGCAACUAUAACUACGAUUACUACUUCAACCAGAACAGCAAAGAUCUUUACUAUCUGAUAAGCGGACGAGAUAAUCCUGCAAACUCUACAAGAAAGAAGCGGGAUAUCUUUGGUCCGACCACGACCACCAGGGACGUGGAUCUCCAUGUGUAUCGCUGCUGGUACAACGACUGUAUCGCACCACCGGACCCAAGCACCGUGCCGCCACCGGACACCAGGCCUGGUAACUUCACCAUGUGGACAGACCUGGCCACUUGGGAAGGCACGGAGGAAGGUUAUGGCGGCAACUGCGCUAAUGUGACCUGUUUGCCUCAGGAAGGUGAUAAUGUUAAGAUUCGUGAAGGCCAAUGGGUUGUAAUUAAUGAGCCGUUACCAAAGUUUACCAAAGUCUACGUCUACGGAGUACUCGAAUUCAACAACACCAACCCAGAGCUGAACGUAGAGCUGAGCGCCACCCACAUCUUUGUGAGUGGAGGCCGACUUAUUGCUGGGUUCUCCACAUCAGGCGAUCAUAUGCAAGGACAGGUCACCAUCAAACUUAUGGGAGAUCAUAAAACAGAAGACAUGCCAUUGCCUGCCGGGCCGAACAUGGGUGCAAAGGCUCUCGGUAUUUUUGGCGGCCUUGACCUUCACGGCAAACCACGCAGUCUCGUUUGGACGAGACUUGCGGUCACAGCCAAUCAGGGCGACAGUCAGAUCCAAAUAGCUGAUGCGCAUGACUGGCAGGUGGGAGAAGAUAUUGUAAUCGCGCCGACGGGAUUCGAGGCGAGUGAAUGCGAGACUGCGCGGAUCACUGCAGUGUCUGGUCAGACUAUCACACUGAAUAUGAGUCUGGCUCAUACCCAUAUGGUGAAUGAAAUCACUUCUCCCGAGUUAGUGGCCAGGAAUAAGAACUUUACCAUGGCUGCAGAGGUCGGCCUUCUGAGUAGGAACGUCAAGGUGGUUGGUGAAGACUACCGCACGAUCAAACAGGAUGCAUUCGGAGCUAGAGUCAUCAUGGGGACCUACUCCAUGUUUGACCAGAUAUACAGGGGUUGGGCCAGAAUCAGCAAUGUUGAGUUCUACAGGGGCGGACAACUUGGAUGGACUGACUCGUAUGACCCACGCUAUGCCCUUGUUUGGCUUGAUACAGGGGAGGUUAUCCCCGCAAGACCAUCGUACGUCCGGGACUGUGCUUUUCAUAAUGGACUUGCUCCAGCUAUUGGUGUGUUCGGUUCCAAUAAAAUUCCGAUUGAAAAUAACGUCAUUCAUCACCCAGUUGGAUCAGGAAUCAUCGUUGAAGGAUCAGGCAAUGAAAUUCGUCAUAACCUCGUCACCCACGUGGUCUGGAACGGCCAUUACAAUGGUAGAUACGAACUUUGGAAUAUCAUGUAUGAUGCUGGGAUCAAGGUAAACAAUGUUGUUGAUGUCGUCAUGGAGGAUAACGUGGUGGCGGGAUCGGAAAGAGUUGGUUAUUCCAUCAAGGGGGAGGUCUGUGAUGAUACGGUUGGCUGGAAAAAUAAUGAGGCGCAUUCUGUCUAUAUGGGAACGUUCCAGUUGCCUGGGGACGAACAACCUGGUUGCUCGAAGCUGUCAGGAUUCAGAAUCUGGCGGGCGUUUGAUUACGGUAUCUAUUCUCAAACAGAGAGCAGCAUUCUUAUGAAUGACCUUACGAUGGCUGACAACGGCGUUGGUAUAUGGAACUACGUUAUUGGCCCCGCGUCCUUAACGCAUAUAUGCGAAGACAAGACUGUAACUGUGCAGAAUUCCACGUUUAUUGGUGACAGUGGAACUUUCAGUUGCAGUGAUGACGUGGAUAGGACGACAAAUAACUUCAAGAUCAGUGGCGACCCAAAGGUAACGUCGCGAUCCUAUAGAAUAAACAACGGUGCGACCGGUAUCACUUGGUUCGGAAGGUCAUCUGCCGACAAUGCCGCGCCAAUAAAGGCGUUCCUUGAUGAGCUAUCCUAUCCCGCACUUUGCGGAAAAAUGACUGUCAAAGACACCCUGUUCCAUGGGUUCAACGCAAACCGUUGCAGCCGCCGAAACUACGUCUUCAGCACUAAUCCAAAGUUUGAGGAUAAUCUGCACCCUAUAUAUCUAGAGAGAUUGCAGGUAGCUGAAGUUGAUGAGGAGAGCAGAGCUUACUUUCAUCGUGCAGACGUUGGUAAGGUAAACCCCUCCGAUUGCGUUGACAUGGUAUGCGAUGCCAAACAGAAUUGCUUCAUUGACGACACUGAUGGUUCCUUUCUGGGCGGUUCCCCCGGAACGAUCGUGUCACAGGCCGAAUAUGAGUGGGAUGGUGAUGCCACCAGGGGUGUCGGUGACUACAGGAUCCCAACGGCCGCGCUGACCUCACCGCAGGGAAUUAAACUAAAUGCAGGAGACGUUUGCCCAAAUAAAGGUAUUGUUGGCACCAAUACGUGCACCUACAUGUCCACAUGGCAAGCCUACAAGUGUCAGAACUCUGUCAAGUACGCCCAGCUCGUCAUUGAGAACAUGGACCAUGAUACUGAGGAGAGGCGGCUGUCGCCUGUGGCGCUGUUCAGCCCCAACGAGAAGUACGUGAACCUGCUGAACGGGCCGCAAGACCACGGAUGGUGCAAUGGUUAUACCUGCCAGAAGAGGCUGUCCACAUUCUGGGCAAUGUUAGCUAUGGAGAGGGAAUACCGCAUCUAUUUCACAAGCACCAGCCCAGAGCAUCUCCGGCUUCGGCUCCUCAACGUAGAUACCACCGACUCAGUCAAGCUGGCCGUCUAUUACCGACUCCCACAAAGAUUCGAUUUGUUCUACCAGGAUGCCAGAGUCCCACCUCUGAACGAAGGACUCAACUCAAAUGGUGACACUGCACUCCUCCCGAUAGCCCCAGGUGUUGAUCCAACGCCCUCCUUUAGUGAUGGCCCGGGGGCAAACUAUUUCGACAGAGACUACAAGCUUUUGUUUUUCAUCAUGAACGGCACGACCCACAUUGAUAUCAAGAUGUCCGCAGUUCUCGUCUUGUCUUUCGAUAUGCCAGCCAUGUCAGUCGACGAUUUCUUCGGAACAGAAAUCGUCAACAACCUUGCCGUAUUCCUCGGGGUUCCAAAGUCGAAGAUCAAAUUCGUCAGUGCGGUCAACGCGAAGACAGGCAGUCGGCGACGCCGAGCUGUUGAUGAUUCAAUGACUGUCACCUUUGAGGUUGGAGAUGGUCCCACAUCUGGCGUCAAUGACACUGUGUCGGAUCCUACACCGAAAUCGCCCCAUCCAGCGACUCAAACGAAUGGGGAGCCUUCGCCAACCAGACCUCUGACGAUGCCAGUGGUACCACACUGA